AUGAAACAGCACCAUGGUACAGCAGGCGACCCCACAUCCUCCACUGAACCGGAAACUUUGUCUUUCGAUAAGAUCACAUCGAUGAAAGAAUAUACCGAAGAAGAGAUCGAACGAGCCAUCGAUGCGGUCGAAGCCGGCUUAUCUAUUAAACAGGCCUCGAUCCAAUGGGGUAUACCAAGGAGCACUUUACGCGGCCAUGUUUACGGCGCCCAAUCUCGCGAACGAGCCUGGGAACCUACUUAA